AAUACUGGUAGGCACCUGGUGCCAGAGGAGAAGCAGGAAGUGGGAAUUUCAGGGCUUGAUUCUUCUGUGUCUUAAAUGAAAAGGGCAUUGCUUUGGGGUACCACUAUAUAGAAGCUAGAGCCCAAAGUAUUUCCUGCCCUCUGUCACCUCAUGGAUAGCAGGAGUUGAUGAAUGAGUGACCAGUGUCAUUUACUCUUCAGUCUUGCUGCUUCCUUAGCCUCUUCCUUUUCCCCUGGGUCCCAAUCAAGGAACAUGGCUUGUAGCAGAUGCCUCAGUUUUUGGACAAAUACAAGAGAUGGUUUAGCCUGGGAUCUGAGUUUCUUGACCUGAAAUUCUACUCCUUGAAGUUCUUUGGAGAGAAGAGCCCUCUCAGAGGGAGUGGAUGAAGAGAGGUGGAGUGAUUGCCCAUUUCCCCCUCCUGGCCAGACCUCCACUCUGCCUGCUAGUGUCCUCAUGCUUCCUGCCACCCAAAGCAGUAGUUACCAGAAGGCCUCUGCCUGGCCUGUGUGAACAACUAAUGAUCACAUUCCAGCUUCGGGGGAGAUGGUGGGAGUUGGGCAAAGAGGAAAAGGUGAACAGACAGAGCAGGCCCAAUAUGCAGAGAGGAACAUGGCAGGAAACUAGGCAGUCCUUGGCCCUAGAUUCAGAUCCUGACUCUACCUGUUAACUGGGCCCUCAAGAAAAUUACUUCAAAUUUCAGGGUGAAUAUUUGAAUUUUAACUGGGCUUCAGUUUCCUCAUUGGUAAAAAUGAAGGGGUGGGGGUGCCUGACUCUAUGUUCUUUAGUCAGGCCCCUUCCAGCUCUUAAUCUUUCUAAUCGUAAUGCCAUCUGUGCGACUCUGGGUAAAUCACUUCCCCUCCAGCGGCCUCAAUUUCCUCAUCUAUAAAAUGGGGGUAAGACAAGAGCAGUCUUUAAGGGCCUUUCCAGCAGGCCUAAAGAGACUCAGGAGCUUUGCGUGCCCGGCGGCAGCCUUUGGCUUCUCCCGGCCUGCACCCAAACGAAUCAAGGAUGCGCUCUGUCCCCGCCCCGGGGUACUGCCUAUUGCUGCCGGCCAUGCCUCUCGGAGACUCCCGCCCCCUUCCCUACGGGCCUUGGCCCGCAGCUUCCCCGGAAGUCGGCUUUUCAAAUGGACCCUGUUACAGCGGCUCCCAUCCGGGACAAUGGCAGCGGGAAGAGGGUGCAGGCGGGACUUCCCGUCUCGUGUCCAAGUAGCUUCCGGCGCGAGCCGGAAGACCCGGUCCUGGAAGGAAUCAGGGGUUGCCGAUGCCCCCCCGCCCCGCCUUCCCCGGACGGGCAGCUCAGACCCAGUGAGAAUUCCAGCCAUGGAACCACCUGAUACCACCCUCAUUGAAGGCGUGGGCAAUGAGGUGACAGUGGUGGUGGGUGUGGUGGUGCUGGUGUUGGCCCUCGUACUGGCCUGGCUCUCCACCUACGUGGCAGAUGCUGGCAGUAGCCAGCUCCUGGGCACCAUUGUGGCAGCUGGUGACACCUCUGUGCUCCGUCUUGGUCAUGUGGAACACCUGGUCGGGGGGCCGGGCACCUCGGAGCCAGCUGAGCCCACCCAUCUUGAAGAGGGUACUGAGGAGAAAUCUGAGGAGGAAGGGGGGGGGGACUCAGCAGGUGAGCCUGGUGCCGGGGGCGGGGUUGAGCCAGGCCUGGACCACCUGCUUGACAUACAGGGGCUGCCUAAUAGGGCAGCUAGUGGUGAGGGCAGCAGUCCAGAAGCCUCCCUGAGGUCUGAGGGUAGCACCCACCUUCUGCCUAACCCUGGCCUCAUCAACGUUCGGCUCAAAUUCCUCAAUGACACAGAGGAGCUGGCAGUGGCCAGGCCUGAGGACACCGUGGGCACCCUCAAGAGCAAAUACUUUCCUGGGCAGGAGAGUCAAAUGAAACUGAUUUACCAAGGCCGCUUGCUGCAGGAUCCAGCCCGAACCCUUCGCUCCCUAAACAUCACUGACAACUGUGUAAUCCACUGUCACCGAUCACCCCCGGGGCCAACAGUCUCUGGCCCCUCUGCACUGCCCACCUCUCCCACCACAGAGCCUCCAGGUCUCAGCGUCAGUGUGGGCAGCCUCAUGGUGCCUGUAUUUGUGGUGCUGCUGGGUGUAGUCUGGUACUUCCGUAUCAACUAUCGACAGUUCUUCACAGCACCUGCCACUGUUUCUUUGGUAGGGGUCACUGUCUUCUUCAGCUUCCUAGUUUUUGGGAUGUACGGACGAUAAAGACACCAUGGGGGUGGGAAGGAGAGCCACAGCCUUCUUUCCCCUCCCUAUUUCCCCACGCAGAGUUGGGUGCCAAGGACCCCAGGGCCAGUGGUGGUUGGUAAAAGGGGUGUGGGCCCUCCAUGGGAGGUAGGCAUGUGGCCUCUUCCAUGCUCUCAACUCUACCCCCAAGCAGGGUGAUCAUGCCCCUUCCCCUACCCAUUAACAACUCUCAGGUAGAAUUGAGGACUCCCCCCCCCAAAGACACACAUACCCCUGAUGCCAGUGUGAGUGAUUGCCCUCCCCUUGGGUGGACUCUGCUGAUGGUCCCGCUUGGUAGAGGUGCAGGCUUAGGUGACCCUAGAAUAUAGAGGGGGCCCCUUGCCAGCUGCCACCAUCUCUACACACACUAGAGCCCCUGGCCUGUCCAGCGUCCUGCAUGGCCACUCUCAUAUUGGGCAGCCAGCUAGAGGACAUAGCAGUAUCCACAGCAUGCUUCUGCCAGGGGCAGCAGAGCCCCUGUGCCUAGUCAUCAGCCAAACCGCCUCCUCUUGUUUCGAUGGUCAGGUCAGUAGUCUCUUUAUAAGAUGACCAAAUCCAGUCUGUUUCAGGAAGGGGGUGAGCAGGGCCAAGGUACUUCCUUGGACCAGCUGUUCUCUUCAGCCCUUUGGCCCCUGAGUAGUGAAAGUAGGAUGGUUCUCAUGUUCUGGAAUUUUUAAGGUUUCCCCCUUUUCUAGAGCACUUUGCUUGCAUACUUUUUUUUUUAAACAAAGAGACAGAACUCUGGGAGUCUUAAGGCAAGACCCUAGGAUCGAGAAGUGCAGGAAUAGGGCUAGGUAGGACACCACGAAGAAAUGUCUGCACUAUCAUGCCCUCUAUGGUUGAAAUAACUUUGCCCUUGUGGUGUGGACACUGCUGCCCCUGUGGCUCCUGACCUGAUGGCCACUGCCUGUGAUUGAAUAAAGUUUUGCUUUUGUGGCCAGCCAUGGUCACUCAAAAUUG